AUGUCGACCCAGGGUGGUGGCUCGAUACAUGAUUUAAUUGUCGAGUCAUGGGUAAUGUACAGUAUAGGAAUAUGGUUCUUCGUCCUACGACUAUAUGCCCGGUACAAGCGUCUGCGAUUUCACUUUCAAGUUGAGGAUUAUUUGAUGUUCGUGGCAAUAAUUUUUUACACUGCGUUUGUAGUCACCAACAUCGAGAUCACUAAAUAUGGAAGCACCUUGUACGAACCAGGUCAAUUUGAGUCAUUUACUGCCCAUGAAAUCCAACAGCGGAUCUUGGGCUCAAAGAUUGAAUUUGCCUCAGAGCAUUGUCAAGUAUGCACCAUCUAUUGUUUGAAGGCGUGCAUGCUACUGGUUUAUUUUCGAAUUACAUCAAACCUUAAGGAACAGCGCUGGGUCAGAUUCUGUGCCGUCUAUACCGCGCUUGGGUGGAUAGCCACCGAAUUGACCUUGUUUUUGAACUGCCACCCCGUCUCUGGAUACUGGACAUUGCCGCCGCCUCAGCGUGAAUGCGCCACUUAUUUCCGCUUCGAAAUUAUACAUGUCAUAUUCAAUAUUAGCUCGGAUAUUGCGAUCCUUCUGGUGAUUCUACCGAUGCUGUUUCGAACUCAUAUACGGUGGCAAUCCAAGCUUCCGAUCGUGGUGAUAUUUUCAAUGGGUAUCGUGGUGAUUCUCUGCGCUGUCAUUUCCAAAAUAUUCACCUUUAUCGACAUCUACGACACGAGUUACCAAUUCUGGUACUUGCGUGAAGCUUCAAUCGGCGUUUGGAUAACAAAUGCCCCCUUCGUAUGGUCCUUGGCCCGCUCAACUCUCAGUAUUCUCAAGUCAACAUCGAAUCAAACCAAAACCACGCCUCAGUAUAACACCAGUGCCCCUGGGCCACUUACAAAUCGGACUCGCGCCGGAUCAGAAACUCGAUCAUCUCGUGCAUUUACUAGGAUGUACGAUAUGGAACCUAUCGGCGAAAGCGAGGAAAGCAUAAUUGAGAUGGACGAAAGGCAUAAAAGUCCAUGCACAUCGGCCGCUUCAAUUGACGAGAAUGAGCCGUCGUCCUCAGAAUGGGGCCAAAAACAACAUCGAAGAGGUUCGCACAGGGGCCAGGAGGCCCAGAUCUGGAAAACGACUGAGAUUGUCAUUGAGAAGACUUAG